AUGUCGUCCGAUUCGCUGAAGGCUCUUCUCGCGGAGGACUCAUCAGUGCCAGUGACGUCGAGUAUGCUAUCAGAGGCUCAACGGCCUCCUGCUGAUCCGUCUGGUGCCACCGAAAAUCUUCUAAUGUUGGCUAUUCAAGAACGUCUACAGAAUCAAUUCCGAUCGAAUAGUAAUCAAGCGGCGGCGAAUCUGUUCAAUCAUCAAAUGAAUCUGAAUCAGUCAUGGGCUAGUCAGGAUGUGAAUCGACUGUUUCAACAAAUGCUCCCGUUGCUUGGUCUGCCACCACUUUUGCCCGGUCUGCCAGGGCCAUUGGAUCUCGGCUGCCUACCGGGUACCUCAAUGACACAUCCGCUAUGGCAGCAUAACCUCUGUGCUUGGCCGGAAUGUAAUCAUCCAUGUGAGAAUCUGGCUGUAUUCCUGAAUCAUCUUUCACAGGCGCAUACUUUCAAUGAGAGAUCUACCUCCGAUAUGCGUGUACAAGUGGAACUGGUCGACAGUCUUGAACAUCGUUUAACAAAAGAACGUAAUCGCUUACAAGCAAUGAUGCAACAUUUACAUAUGAAACAAUCACCAGACACUACAACACCGGCUUUAGGAAAGGUUGAACAACACUCCUCACCCUUGCGAUCGCCAAAGCAGGAGGUUUCAUCGUUCUCAACUAUUUCAUCGCUCUCGUCAACGCAAACGCAACCAGUUUGUGGUAUACCCGAUUUCUGUUUACUUUCAUCUCUUUCAUUUAUCAAAUUCUUCUGUAUUUUCAUAAUGCCAGCUGUUGUCUUCUGUUAUCUAUUAUCUCCUGGUCGUGAUGUAUUUACGUCACUAGAUGUCUUUGGUCUUUUAUUUGUUCACUGA